AUGAACGCGUCGCUCGAGCGUGCGACGACGGAGAAGGAGGCACACAGUAACGCGCAAGAGCGCGCAGUCGCAUCUUCGCCGUCUUCUUCAGAGCGUCGUCGCACUUUGCUCGUCUUCGAUCUCAAUGGACUUUUCGUGGAGCGUGUUAAAGGGACAGUUUUCGCGCCGCUAAAGGAAUCGGACGACGACGCGCGAGAUGAUGACGACAUGAACGGUCCAAUUUCUUCCCGAACACGUAACGCGACGACAAGACGAGCGAUCGUGACGCCAGACUUUAAGUGUGCAAAUACAAACUGUUUUAUUCGAAGGUUUGCGAGCGAGUUCAUCGAGUGGUGUCACGAGCGUUUUGAAGUCGCAGUGUGGUCGAGCGCGAUGGAAGUGAACACGAACAUUAUGGUUAACAAUGUGUGGCGCGAGCAGCGCGACAAGCUCGCGUUCAUACUUUCCCAGGAGCACUGCGCAACUGCUGGAACGAUGCGCACCUCUGACGGGAGAGGUAUUAAGCCAAAAUUUCUUAAGGAGCUAUCGGUGGUAUGGGAAAAGUUUGGCGUUCAAAGAGGUUACGACGCGACAAACACGCUUUUGAUAGACGAUUCACAUUACAAAGUGCUUCGUAACCCGCCGAAUACGGCUAUUCAUCCGGCUCCGUUCACCGUUGCCACCAGAGACUUUGACAUCGGCUUGAGCGCGAGUGGGAGUCUGCGCACGUACCUUGAGAAGCUCUUCCAGGCAACCGGAUCCGUGCCUGAUUUCGUCAAAGCGAACCCGUUCGUCGAUUCGGGGAAUUUGGACGAGGCGAGCGCUGUCGCCGCGAUGGGAGCAGAACUCGCUGCGAUGCGUGUAGGAGAGAAGAUGCAGACUGAACCGAAGCCGAAAACGACGCAGACCGUGGGCAAGGUGUAUCCAAAACCGAAGUUGAUAGCUACACAGACGACGUUGCUCUCGAAGACAGAGUCGACUGACAAAGAAGCACGAUAG